UUCAAUUACUUGCAGUUUCUUUUUAUUAUUUGUCCUUAAUACAUUCAUAAAUGUACAUGAAAAUGCUUAAUUAACAUUAACUUUGUGUUUUGUCAUCAAAAUCAAUUGGUGAAAAAAUGACAAACGCAAGUAAAAGAUAAUGUAAAGGGAUUUUAGGUUUCAGAAGGAAAACAAAACUGCAAUUGUUCCCGGGUUGCAUAGAGAAUGAGCCGAGUCCAAGCGCAAAGCUCGUCAAGAUCAGCCUAAAGAAGCAGAGGCGCAGAGAAAAAGCAAAAGGCAAAAGCACAGAGAUUCUGAAAAGAUUGUACUUUAUCUUCUAUCCCUUGACCAUUUGACUUAACCUAACAUGAUACAUUCAAAUUGACCAAUAAGAAGAUCACCUUUAACCCCCACUGUACUGGAUAAACAACUCUUCCAAUAGUCAAUAAGCACAUGGUACAGGAAUGCAAAUGGUACAGGAUAGAAUGCAGAUGGUAAGGGAUGAAAAUGGGGGUUGUGACGAAGUAAUAAAUCGCUGUAGAAAACACAAUUCAUUUAUUAAGUUUAGAGGUUGCUGUUUUGUUUCAUUUAAAGUCACCAUUAUGGUGAUCAGUGUUUGUUAUAGUUGGACUCUUGAGCCUUGACAUUUUUCCCUGGUUGCAUUAACUUUGUGUGUAGAAAGUGAUGAUAGUUAUGGGUUAAUGUAAACAAACUGCCAUACAAAGGGUUAAAAUUACCACAAAUUUAGUUAAUAUUUGAUGUGUAUGUUUCAGGCAGAAGUAGUUUUAAAAAGACAAUCAUUUAAAGUGGAGAAAAAUAUUGAUGUAUAAUAGUUUUAGAGCAGUUUUUGGGAAGGUGUCAUUUUUUGACCUUAGGAACACAUAAGUAAGUUUUUAAGGAUCUCUUAAGGGUUAAAGGUUCAAUUUGUAAGAUAUUUGCAGUAAAAUAUCCAAAAACCACUAGUCCGGUGUUAUAUAUUUUGUCCAGCUGAUUACUAACAAUAUCUCUAAUGUUUUCAACUACUUGUAAAUUAUGAGAAAAUUGCUGCCCUAAACAGUGACACGGGGCAGUGCAGUCACCUGUAAAAUGACAUUAAUAUCUACGUUACCUUUUGUUACCGCCUUUACCGACGUAAAAACCACAUGACAACAGUGUCGUGGACAAAAUUUAUGUUCAUCUUUUUAAGAGUAUAAAGCAAAAUGUUUUAUCUUUUUUCUUUCAGAUAAGAAGAGCAAUUUAUGUUCUGAUGGAGAAAUGUCCUUAACAUCAAGAGGGCGACUGACAGCACAAACUUUUUCCUGCAUCGCGAAUGGAGAGACAUUGAGCUCACUGAGACAUUUAGAGAGAAAACACACAGAACAGAAACUCUUCACCUGCAGGAAAUGUGAGACCAACUUUACUACCUUACAAGAGAAGAAACUUCAUUUAAAAGAGCACAGAGAGAAGAAGAAGAAGUUGUUUAACUGUCAGCAGUGUGGGAAGGUUUGUAGCUCUUCUUUUAAUCUAAAAGUUCACAUAAGGACACACAGUGGUGAAAAACCUUUCUACUGCACUGAAUGUGGCAAACAUUUCAGCAGCAAACAAAGUCUUGUUGCUCAUCAGACAAUUCACACAGGAGAAAAACCAUACGAGUGUUCUCACUGUGAGAAGAGAUUCAGCCUCAAAGCCCAUGUGAGGAUACACAUGCGUUUACACACAAAUGAGAGACCGUAUCAGUGUAGUCAAUGUGAAAAAACCUUUACACAGUCAAGCAUUUUAAAAUCACACCAAAAAACACACAGUGAAGAGAAACUCUUUCAAUGUUCACACUGUGAUAAACGUUUCAAGCUGAAAUCUCAUCUGAAAUGUCACGAGAGGAUUCACACUGGAGAGAAACCUCAUCUCUGCUCACACUGUGGUAAGAGCUUCUCAGAUCCAUCUCAACUCAGACUUCAUCUGAGAGUUCACACUGGAGAGAAACCGUAUUACUGUAAAGAUUGUGGCAAGAGUUUCAGUCGACAUCAAAUUUUAGUGUCACACCAGAAAAUUCAUACAGGUGAAAAACCUUACAAGUGCUCUGAGUGUGAGAAGACGUUUGCUCAACCACAUGCCCUGAAGACCCAUCAGAGACUUCAUACUGGAGAGAAACCAUACCAGUGCUCCAUCUGUGAAGAGAGAUUCACUCAUUUAGGAAGUUUUCAUACUCACCAGAAGAAACAUGCAAAGGAACAAGCUACACUUGAAUCAUCAUAG